AUGUCCACCUCCCUCACCUCCCUCACCUCUCUCCGCGUCUCCAUCGGCAACCGCCCCGAGCGUCGCUCCGCGCGAGCCGCCGUCCGCGGUUCCGGCUCGGGUCGUGUUCGCCCAUCGACGCGUUCUUCGUCGACCCUGCACGUCGUGCGCGCGGAGUCAUCGUCAACCCCGGAUGCCGUCGACGGCGGGGUCUCGCGCGCCGGCCGCCGCGAGGCCAUCUCCGGCGCUCUCGCCGCCAUCACGUUCGCGUCCAACGCCUCGAUCGCGUCGCUCGCGCUCGCCGACGACGACGUCGUCGCGGCCCCGCCCGCGGCCCCCGUCUCCGUUCCGCCCAAGAUCCUCGUCGUUGGAGCGACGGGACAGACGGGCCAGCUAGUCGUGGACGAGCUCCGCAGGCGCGGCGGCGCCGGCAUCACCGCCGCCGUUCGUUCCCCGGAGAAGGCCUCGAAGCUCGGCAUCGACAGGGGCGGCGUCGAGCUCCUACCGGGCUUCGACGUCACCGCCCCGGCGGAUGUCCUCGCGGGGCCCAUGAAGGGAACCGACGUCGUCGUGAUCUGCACCGGGUUCGUGCCGGGCAACCCGUUCAAGAUGGCCCAGGCCGCGCACGCCGUGGACAACGAGGGCGUCGUACACCUCGUGGACGCCGCGAAGGCCGCCGGGGUCAAGCGCGUGGUCCUCAUCUCGUCCAUCCUCACCGACGGCCGCGCCAUGGGAGCCGCGGACUCGCCGGGCUUCAAGAUCACCAACGCGUUCGGGGGGGUGCUCGACGAGAAGCUGGUGGGGGAGAAGCACCUGCAGGCGUCCGGCGUCGAGUACGUCAUCGUCCGCCCGGCGGGUUUACGCGGCGAGCCCCCGAAGACGCAGCUCGUGGCGACUCCGGGUAACGUGAUGGCAUCCGGCGAGGUGAGCCGCGAGCUGGUCGCGAGGGUCAUGGCGGAGGCUGCCUUCGCGCCGAGCGCGGCGAACAAGAUCGUGGAGAUCGCCGAGGAGGGGACGUUCGCCCCGGGGUACACGCCGGAGGGCGUGGAGGGGUACCUGGUGGGCGACGACAAGUCCAGGUGGUUCCCGUAG